AUGCUUCUGCCGUGGCUCACAGGAUUUGGGGCUGGAUUGCUCUUCCUGCACUUGGUGCAGAAACUUCUGUUCCCGUACUUCUGGGACGACUUGUGGUUCCUGUUGAAGGUGGUGCGCUAUGGAAUUCAGAUGACGGUAUACAAAGUAAGAGGGGAGCUGGUCACUGUGCUGGAUAAGUUCCUGAGCCACGCCAGGAGGCAACCCCAGAAAGCCUUCAUUAUUUAUGAAGGAGACGUUUACACCUACGAGGACGUAGACAAGAGGAGCAACAGAGUCGCCCAUGCCUUCCUGAACCACUCGUCACUGAAAAGGGGAGAUGUUGUGGCUCUGUUGAUGAGCAACGAGCCCGACUUCAUUCAUGUGUGGUUUGGCCUGGCUAAGCUGGGCUGCGUGGUGGCCUUCCUCAACUCCAACAUUCGCCUCCGUUCCCUCCUGCACUGCAUCAGCACCUGUGAGCCCGUGGCCGUGGUGGUUGGCGGAGAUUUGCUUGGAAGCAUAGAAGAAAUCCUUCCCAGCCUCCCCAAGCACAUUCGUAUUUGGGGAAUGAAGGAUUCUGUUCCACAAGGUGUAGUUUCACUUACAGAAAAGAUGAGCCUGGCCUCUGAUGAGCCAGUGCCCACAAGCCAUCAUGUAGCCUCAAGCCUCAAGUCUACGUGCCUGUAUAUUUUUACCUCUGGAACAACAGGUCUGCCCAAAGCAGCUGUGAUUAGUCAGCUGCAAGUGUUGAAGGGAUCCUUUGGGCUGUGGGCUUUCGGCUGCACAGCUGACGACAUUAUUUAUAUAACCCUCCCUCUGUACCAUAGCUCAGGGGCUCUCCUUGGAAUCGGUGGGUGUGUUGAGUUAGGGGCUACGUGUGUGUUAAAGAAGAAAUUCUCUGCAAGCCAGUUUUGGAAUGAUUGCAAGAAGUACAAUGUGACUGUGUUUCAGUACAUCGGAGAACUUUGCCGAUAUCUGUGCAAACAGCCUCAGAGAGAUGGGGAAAGGGACCAUCAGGUGCGUUUGGCAGUUGGAAACGGUAUGAGCAGUGAUGUGUGGAGACAGUUUUUGGACAGAUUCGGAGAUAUUAAAAUGUGCGAAUUGUAUGGCGCUACAGAAGGAAACAUCUGCUUCAUGAACCACACGGGGAAGAUUGGGUCAGUCGGGAGGACAAACUUCUUUUACAAGCUCUUUUUUGCUUUUGAGUUGAUCAAGUAUGACUUUCAAAAAGAUGAACCAAUGAGGAACGAACGAGGCUGGUGCCACCGUGUGAGAGAAGGAGAACCUGGACUUCUCAUCUCUCGCGUCAAUACGAAGAAUCCUUUCUUUGGCUACGCUGGCUCUUACAGGCACACGAAAAGCAAGCUGCUUUUUGAUGUUUUUAAGAAGGGAGAUGUUUACUUCAAUACAGGAGACCUCAUGGUCCAAGAUCACGAGAACUUCCUUUAUUUCUGGGACCGUAUUGGAGACACUUUCAGGUGGAAAGGAGAAAAUGUUGCGACCACAGAGGUUGCUGACGUGAUCGGGAGGCUGGACUUCAUACAGGAAGCAAAUGUAUAUGGUGUGUCUGUGCCGGGUUACGAAGGAAAAGCAGGGAUGGCUUCUAUUAUUCUAAAACCAAACAAGUCUUUGGACUUAGAGAAAAUGUACCACCAAGUUGUAACAUCUCUACCGGCUUAUGCCUGCCCACGGUUUUUAAGAAUUCAGGAGAAAAUGGCAACAACAGGGACAUUCAAGCUUCAGAAGAUACAAUUGGUGGAAGAAGGAUUUCAUCCACUGAAGAUUUCUGACCCACUUUACUUUAUGGAUAACUUGAAUAAAGCUUACGUUCCAUUGACGGAAGAAAUUUAUAAUCAGAUAAUGUUAGAGGAGCUUAAACUUUGAAACCGUUUUUUUUUUUU